UUAAAAGGCGCAACGUCCUUUGGUCUCCGCCGAUGUCGCGAUAUACGUUGCGUUUUCCUCGUGAUUUUAAAGUGCAAAACAGACGUAUUUAAAGGAAGAGAGGAGAAGAAAGCUCGCCAAGGACGGAAUCCAUUAAAUUGUUGUUAAGGCUCGACGUACGAGGUUGGUUAGAAACGAUACGCGACUUAUCGUUGAGCGUAGAAGAAACGUCAAGUCAGGGUGAAUCGCUUCCGUCGAACAGCUGAUUGAUCUUGCGUGUUGUGUUUACGCGUCUCCACGUUUCGUUGAUGCCGAUUUAGCGAUGGAUAAUGCGAGUGACGGAUCGAAGGGACUCAAGUCCAACGAGGAGGUUAUCGAGGAGCUCACCCGAGAUCUAAAAAGUUCCUGCAUCAAAGUGGACGAGAAUGCGGAAUCGAAAAACACCACGAAUGACUCGUGGGAUGUCCUAGAUAAGGAGAAGGAUAAUGAUAGCGCACAAGAUGCAGAGCCUUCGGACGAUGCAAUCGAGGAUCUUCUCAAGGACAGAGAUCUGUCACUUUCAGAAGCUGAACAGGAGGAAUUGAAGUGCGAGGCGGAGGGUUUAAAGCAGACGGGGAAUGAUCUCUUCAAAAAUGGCGAAUACGUGUCGGCGAUAUCUCAAUACACGCAAGCUUUGCAGAUUUGCCCUUUAGCAUAUAGCAAAGAAAGGUCUAUAUUGUAUGCUAACAGAGCAGCGGCAAAAGCAAAAUGUCAGACAGAGAAGGACUCGGCGAUAUCUGAUUGCACAAAAGCUAUUGAAUUAAAUUCCGCCUAUGUAAAGGCUUACAUUAGAAGAGCACAAUUGUACGAGGAGACGAAUAAGUUGGACGAGGCAUUAGAAGAUUUUAAAAAAGUACUAACAUUCGAUCCUAAUCACACAGAGGCUAAUCAUGCUAUUAAGAGGUUACCUCCAUUAAUUAAUGAAAGAAACGAAAAGUUAAAGACAGAAAUGUUGGGGAAGCUUAAAGAGCUAGGUAACAUAGUGUUGAAGCCCUUCGGCCUUUCCACAAAUAACUUUGAGCUGCAGCAGGAUCCCAACAGUGGUGGUUAUUCCGUAAAGUUUCAUCAGAACCCUAUGUAACAAGCUAGUUAUAUAUAUUUCUUAUUAUAAGAAUUAUGGAUGGAAAGAUCUUUUAUCCAUAAGAAUUAAGAUAUAUUUAUAUAAAGCACAAUCCUAUUAUGGAUUUCACUCCUAAGAGAUUCACGUAAUAAAAUAUAAGUAUUAA